UCCUCCAGCACUGAGGGCACCACAGAUGAAGCAGGAUUUGCUAGAGUGGGGAGGUAAGAAAGAGCCUCCUUCCCCUGUUUCCUUCACCACAGACCAUUCCUCAUGUGUCAGUCCAAGAGCAGAGCCCUCUUCACUUCCCCAAGUGUCAGUGACAGCUCUGGGUGUGCAGAGCACACCAAGGCAGCACCUGAGCACCCCCAGAGCUCAGCACAGCUCUGAACACAGGAGAAGGAGGAGGAGGAGGAGGAGGGUCUACAGAAUGCUCGUGACAUCAGGGUGCCUGUGAGCUCCUCACAGGGGUGCAGGAAGUAUAAAAGCAGAGUUCCCCGAGGAGGGUCCCUGGCGGGAGCUGGGGAGGCAGCACUGGAAUGGGUGAUGCUCUCGUUACCUCUGUGACUGGAUCCUGCUGGAAGCACACCAUGGAUGGGGGUGAGUACCUGGGCUGCAGCCUUGGGCUGUGUCUUCAGCUUUAUUAAUGAUGCCCAGUCCCUGUUCUGUGACACAGGAGUGGAGUAUUUCUAUUAGAGUAUUUAAACAGUACAAAAGACUUUCAUCUUCCUCAUUUUUACUAUUAAAAAAAAAAAAAAGCACGGUUCUGUUUUAGAAGCUCAAAAAACUCAAAUCACUUCAGAAACAAACACAAAAAUGAGGUUGGGAGGCAAUUUUAAGGAGCCUUUUUGUUCCGAAGCAAAUGGAAUCUUGCAUAGCUCACACCUUUUCUUCUGUGUUCUUAAUUAAAAAAAAAAAAAAAAAGAGAGAGAGAGAGAGAGAGAACACUCUCCCUGGCAACAUUUUAAUUCCGUGAACCAAUCGAGGAAUUGGGAGAAGAAGAGCUGAGUUUGUUAAGUCCAUCCAGUCUUUUGCAACUUAUUUCUAUUUUAAAAUAUCUGCAGGAGCACUGGGGGAAGCAGGAUGCAUUGGAGAUGCAGGAGGUUCUGGAGAUGGUCAGGGGGAUGGAUGCAAGAAGUUGCAGGGAAUAAAGGAAGCUCUGGGGAUGUUCCAGGGAUGCAGGAAGCCCUGGGGGAUGCAGGGAAAAGAGAGAGCAGGUCCCACAGGACCCUCCAGGCAGGAGCAGGAAUGAGUCGAGGGAGUUUUCUUUCUCCUGGAUGUCUCUUCAGAGCCUCUGGUAAUCAAUGGCUUAGGAAACUCCUGGAUUUUGGAAUCCCUGCAUCCAAACAAACACCAAACUGGACCCACUCACCACACAUCAUUCUUCUCGUUUAAACUUCUGGCCUCUGCAUCAUCCUGUGGGUGUUUGUGGGCUACUUGUUCCAAGAGGUUCGGUGUCUGAACUUAGCUCCUGGGAAAGGUUAAUCAGGACAGGCAAAAGAAAGAGUGAGUGAGAACCUGACCAGAUUAUGAUAAUGUUCCUGCUUUGGGUUUUUUGUUCUACUAUUGUAUUUCAGAGGAAUGUUUCCUUUUCCUGGAAGAUGCACCACCGUGGUGCUUUCUUUAAAACACACCUGGCUCGCUUCUGCAGGAAAUUUUUCACUUGCUUCUCUCUGCUUAUCUUGUCUUUUGAUUCACAGUUUCCUGAAAGGAGUGGAGGUUGAUAAUAAUUAACUUUCUUCAGUGAUAGAUCAGUGAACACAUGAAAUAAGAGCAUGACUGGGUUUCACUGGCUCCACUCACUCCUGAGAUGACAGUGUCUUUCCUCUGCCAGUUGUGAGGAGGGGAAGGGGGGAGAACAGGCUGGUAACUGCCAGUAGUCAUUAGAUCACUUAAGUAUGAUUAACUUUUCUCAGAAACAUCUGGUUCUUCCCCCAGAAGCCUCCUGUACUGCUGGAGAAGGGGCACCAGGAGCUGGGACAUGUAUAACGUACAGAGAGCAGGUUAAUCACUGCCUACACGUGUGCUGAGGCCAGAACUUGUGCUUUGCAAUUCCAGGUGGCCAAAAAACCUUCCUUCACCACGAGGGUUUGGCCAGAGCAGCUUUGCUCAGCUUUGCCAAUGCUCCCUAAAGCAUUUCUAGCUCCUUCUUUGCUCUCGUGCAUCCCUCAGCUGUAGCAGCAGCCAGACCCUCAGGAGCUGCCCUGCUCAUUUGUGUGAUCUGAUUAACCACCCUCAGGGCUGGGUCUCUCUCCUCUAGAUGUCCUGACACCAAAUACUCCCACUGGCAGAGGCCUCUCUGGGUGCACCUGAUGGGAUUCACUGCUCCUGCAGCUGCUCUUGCCUUGCCUACAAGUAGUAGCUGGUGCUGAGGGAGAUCCAGAUAAGCUGGGAGGGAUCUGCCUGCCCAAAUUCACCCCUCCUUUGCCACAGCACAGCCUGAGCUGUGCCCCAGGUGCCCAGCCCAGGUGCACCUGAAGUGAGGCUUUAAAACAUCUGUUUCUUUCCCUUUGCUAGUGAGGGAGCCUGAGCAGCUCAGCAGCUGCCAAGGGAUGGAUCCCCCCCCGGGGGCUUAGUCUGUGGAGGAAGAUUUAAAACUGAGAUGUUCCCAUCCCCUGUCAUGAACAGACUCCUUCCUUCCUUCACUCCCAUGGAGCAAUUCCCCUUUCCACCUGUUUCCAGGUCCUCCAGGACAGGAAUGGCCUCAAAGCAUCACCUCCCAGCUGAGACACACAGGGGCUGCCACGGGGCUGUGGGGCCAGGUUGACUCAUCUACUGUGGUGGGGUUUUGGUAUAUUUUUAUAAAUGAGGUUUCUAGUUCAACUGGCUGCAGGGACUUUUGAGAGGGUUUUUCUUUUCCUCAGUAUUUUGAGGAACAAAACUUUUAAAAACUUUAAGGAAAUACCCACAGCAGCCAACUGCCAGGAGGUGUAAAAAGGAAAGAAAAAGUAAAGAAAUGUAUGUAAACUGCCUGAUAAACUGCAGAGCAAGGCUCGUGUCAGGAUAAUUGCUUCUGCCCACUGCCCCAGACCACAAGACAAGUUGAGGAGAUGCAAGUCCUGUCCAGUCUGACUGAAACCAGUGACACAAACGUGCUCAAACUGGCACAGAGGGAGCAGGAGGCAGCAGGGCCUCUCUGGUUGUGCUUUUGCAAACGUGUAAUCUGAGGUGGGGGCACAGAAGAGGGGCAGAAACAGCACGGGCUUUCUUCAUAUUGAAAAGUCGUUUGACAUUUAAGACAGUUGAAACAGCAACUGAGAAAGGGGAGAAAAAAGAAACCUAUGAUGAUCUUCAAAGGAAUGGUAUCAGCUGAACUGUUUCAGGAGUUGGUUGAGUCACGUUCUCAGUCCUGUUUUUCUAGACCUUCACAGGGUGAUAAGAAAACAGAGCAGAGCAAAAGGAGCCCUCACAGGGGAGGGGACUGGUCAGGUGAAGUCAGGGCUGGACCUGGAGUUUGCAAACCAAGCCACGGAGAGCUGGUGGAGUCUGGUUUACGUGGGUGCUUUUCCUCCAUGAAAUGAGGGUGGUUCUUCUCUGCCUCUUAUCCAGCAGCCACAGGUGUAAUUUCCUGGUGGGCUGAGCUACCAGCACAGGUACUCAUCACCCAUCCACAGGCAGCCAGGAGCUCCAGGAGCCCCAGGGCAGCCAGGCUGUUCAGAAGGUGCAGCAGAAGGCCAAAGGCUGCUGUGGUGUUUGCAGAGUCAGGGACUCUGUAUUCCAGGCAGGAAGGGCAGUUACAUCUUGCUCAAACCCACCUGGGGUCUCAGUCCUCGGGGUUUUGGUGUAUUUCCUGUAUCAUAUGCAAAAGCCAGGGCAGCAGCUUGAAGGGGUGACACCACAGCAGACACCAAACCUCUUCCUGCAGUCUGGGACUGAUCAGAGGGAAAGCCCCUGGCUGGACAGAGCAGCCAGGAGCUUCAGCUCACCCUCAGUCCCUGCCUUGCACUCUCCACUCCUGAGUCCCCUCAGGUUCCUGCUGAGUUCCCAUGGGAACCCCUCAGAUACCCCCAGGAGGGUCUGGAGAAGGUGAGGGGAGGAUGAACAUGGCUGAGCACACAGCUGCAUGAGCACCAAAGAUGAAAAUAAGGGGGGGAAGGUGAGACAGAGCUUCUGGGAUGCCUCGGGGGAGGCGCUCACACAGGCCUGGGGAUGAGCACUACAAGUUUUCCCACAUGGCUGAGGAUUUCUCUGACCCACACAUCACCUUCAGGUAUUAAAAACAUCCCCACUCACAGGUAACUCUGUCUCAUACUGGUGAAGAUGUAACAUGUGACUUAAUUGGUGCAGUUGCCUGUCGUGGAAGUUCAUCAUCCUGGUGCAGAGCAACAUGAGCAGGAGCCUGGCACAAAGCUGAAAGCAAGCAGAGCUGGGUCCAGCAGGCACUAAGCACAGAAUCAGCCACAGUCAUGAACAACCAGGCCAUGAGGAGCGAGGCAGAGUUCUAGGAGGAACAGGCAGCUGAAAGCCAAAGGUAUCUCCUUGCCGAGCACCCCCAGAGCAGAAAACUCACAGGGUGUGAGGGGCUGCAGGGACCAGCCAGGGCCUGGAGGGACAUCCUGGGCCAAGGCACCCCUCAGGGAGGGACACGUCUCCUCCUCACACCAGAGUGGAGCUCGGGGCUGUCUCACUGCCACCUUCCAGCUGAGCAACUUUCAGUGGCAGCUGCCUGAGGUAGGUGCUGGUAGGAGCUGUAAAACCAGUGAGGAGAAAGCUUUCCCUGGCCCCUGCCCUGCUAACCACAGCAGGAAGAGCUGCUUGGCUGAGAUCACUCUCACCACCAUCAUACCUGGCUCUAAAUUCAGCUUUUCCUCCCAGCUGUCAGCAUCCUAUAUUUUCACAUCCCAAGGCAGCAGAAGCCAACUCUUGACAUUUAGAGACAAGCAAUAAAUUUCAGGCAGUUCCAGUUCCAUCUGUCCCACGGGGAGCUGAGCUCUCCUCUCCACAGCCCAGGCACCACACAGGCACAGCUGGGCUGGAUUUAUGGCCCUCACAGCUGGGUGUUUUCACAUGGAUUAAGCACCCUCACUGCUCAGACACAAGGGAACAGGCUGCUGGCUGCCUGCUGGGAAAAAAAUAAUGGAUAAAAUCAAAAUGGGUGCACUGUGCCCGAGUUUAGAGUCCCCAGCUCUCAGCCUUCACUGCACGCAGUCCCAGGCAGCCUGGUCUAGGAGAAGACAUCCCUGCUCACUGCAGGGGGUUGGGCUGAAUGACCUUUAGAGGCCCCUUCCAACCCAAACUGUUCCAUGAAUCUGUGAAGCCAGAGUGGCCAGACUCCUGAGACUCCACCAGUGCUCUGACAGUAACACACACGGCCCUGGGUUAUCUUGCUGGCAUCUUCCCCAGGUUCUGGUUUCCUCGGUGGUGAGGGCUCUGCAGGGUUCACGGAGCCAUGGACAGCAUUACCCACUACUUUAUCAAAGUAAGAACCACGUGGAAACCCCCACUCAGCCACUAAUGCAGCAUCUCCUUCUUCCCUAGGCAAGCUGCUAAAGGUCACCCUUGUUUUCAGCCUGCUGCUCAUUUUUCAGUUCUGUGCCGGGGACAAUGUCACUGAUUACUACGACUCCAACAGCACCAUCGACUACAGCAUGUUCGAGUCCCUGUGUGAGAAGGAGGAGGUCCGAAACUUCCGUGCUGCCUUCCUCCCCGCCAUGUACAGCCUCAUCUGCUUCAUGGGGCUGCUGGGGAACGGGCUGGUCAUGCUCACCUACAUCUACUUCAAGAGGCUGAAGACCAUGACAGACAUCUACUUGCUGAACCUGGCUCUGGCAGACAUCCUCUUCCUGCUGACCCUUCCCUUCUGGGCCACGAGUGCGGCCACACACUGGAUUUUUGGGAGCUUUGCCUGCAAAGCUGUCUACUGCAUCUGCAAAAUGAGUUUCUUCAGCGGGAUGCUGCUCCUCCUGUCCAUCAGCAUCGACAGGUACUUCGCCAUCGUCCAGGCAGCCUCAGCCCAUCGCCUGCGUCCCCGGAUGAUAUUCAUCAGCAAGGUGACCUGCGUCCUCAUCUGGCUCCUGGCCUUCAUCCUCUCCAUCCCUGAGCUGGUUCACAGCGGUGUGAACAACUCAGGCAGCACCUCCCAUUGCUCCAUCAUUGCUAAUGACUUGCAGACCUUCAACACUGGCAUCAAAGUGUCCCAAAUGGUGUUCGGCUUCUUAUUUCCCCUCCUGGUCAUGUCUUUCUGCUACCUCAUCAUCAUCAAAACGUUACUCCAGGCCCGCAACUUUGAGAAGAACAAAGCCAUCAAGGUCAUCAUCGCCGUGGUCAUCGUCUUCGUCGUCUUCCAGCUGCCCUACAACGGCGUCAUGCUGGCCAAGACCAUCUCAGCCUUCAACCAGACCAGCUCGUGCGAGGAGAGCAAGAAGCUGGACGUGGCAGACGACGUGACCUACACCCUGGCCUGCUUCCGAUGCUGCCUCAACCCGUUCCUCUACGCCUUCAUCGGCGUCAAAUUCCGCACCGACCUCUUCAAGCUGCUGAAGGAGCUGGGCUGCCUGAGCCAGGAGCGCCUCUGGCAGCUCACCUCCUGCCGCGACAACAAGAGGAGCUCCUUCGCCAUGGAGACAGAGACAACCACCACCUUCUCCCCGUAAGCCGAGCCCCAGGCACGCCUUGGUCGAGCUGAAAUGGUUUUGGACAUUUUCUCUAGUCUGAACUCCUGGCAGAGCAAGACCUGCCACACUGCAGAGAAGUCGAGGGGGAAAUCCAGAAGCUUCCUCCUGUUUCAAGCAGCAAGGGCUGCUGGCCAAUAUCCCAUGGGUGGAGAGACUUUACAACAGAGCUGUCACUAACAGCAAAGCAAGGGAGAGGUGGUGAGGCUGCAAUUCCUCCUGUCAUUUCACCUUCAGCUUAGUCUUUCCCUGUCAGAAUGAGAAACGCUCAAAAUAGAACAUUUACCCUAAAAGCGACAAGUGCCAAGAGAAAACAGACGUUGGUGCAGCAGAACUGUCCGGGAGCAUCACCCUUGCUUUGGAUGGUUUUUUGAACAAGACAACAGCUCUGCAACCCCACAGAAAUGCCCUUGCACUGAGUCAGGCUGAGGCCAACCCCCACCCGCAGCCUCGGGCUGGAUCCAGCACACAACCCCAGCUGUGGAGUAUCAGAGCACACGACUGCUCUGCCUUCCCCCACGAAAUGUGAGACAUGACCACAGCUAAUGCAAAAUCCAUACAAGCUCUGGCCAUAAUAUCAAUUAUUUUUUAUAACAUUGUAGCCACUCGUAGCUCUGUCAGGAAAAGUACAAAUUCUACUUUACUUCUGCCUGUAUCCUGUUUCUGGGCUAUCACCUGCUGACCUUGAGAUAAAUACGAAUGUGGGUUUUCUCCUCCCUUCCCAGUCCUUCUAGCAGGACUUCAGCUGCCUUUGAAGUCAGAUCUGUAUUUCACUCAUAAGCUACUGGGGCGUGUUUUGCAUCGGUGCUGUCGGCGCCAACAAAGACACGGCUCGCUGAGGUUUGAUCUGAGCACAGUCCCACCACUGCCAGGACCACAGCAGCUGAACAGCAGAUUAUUGCCAUGGAAAAUCAGACCUCGGAGGAGCCCAGGCUGUAAUUCCAGUGGGUGCUUUCACAGGAAGAGCAAAGAUUCCUGGUGACAGAUGAACGCUCUGGGAACCGCUGUCGUGGGACAGCUGAACGUCAGCUGGGAGGAGCUGCUGCACAGCCUGUGCAGCUGUCCCUGUCCUUGUCCUGUGCUCCUGUCCCUGUCCUUGUCCUGUGCUCUGAUCCCACAGCACCCAGCUCUCCCAGAGCCAUCGCCAGGGGAGAGAGGUCCCAGCCUGGAGCUGCUCCCGGGGCUGCCAGGGGGGACAUGUCCAUGUUCCCCUGAACACACAGAGCCAUGAGCAGCAAAACACUCACUAAACAGACAUUUAUCCUUCUUUUCAACACGUGGAUCCAUCAGAGGGACAAAGAGAACUCUCUGGUUUAUGGGUUGGAGAGCAUUGCUUUAGAGAAUUGAGGAUUAAACUUCCAAGACAGAAUUCACUGGCUGGGUCUGAGACAGCUCUGCCAGUUAUUUACCUGGCUGCCACCAAAUCUAAAUAAAUUCUCCAUAAACCACUUAGCUCUGGUGUAUGGGAUUUUUGUCAAGGGCUGGGAUUUGGGAAGAGAGGACAUUCUGCUUUGUGUUACCUAUCUGUGCCCAAUUGUUGGACUCAUUUUCAUUUAGAGUGCCCAGGUAACUGUACAAAGUGCUGCUUCUCUGUCACAAGAAACAGGGGCUGACAACUGACACUGAACACCUAUUUGCCCUUGGUUUCUCUCUCAUCCUUAUUUGGGCAAGACACAGCUAUCAUGAUCUUGGCCAGAGCCAGGGACACCCCAGCACAGGGUGUGUGCAGUUUUCCUCAUCAGUAACAAUAUAUUGUUAAUGCAUAUUCAAUAUGUCAAGCUGCUUUAGAGACAAAGUUCAACCUGUUUGUGAAUGUACCCCAAGAACCCUCUGCUUCCAUGGAACCUUUCCAUGCAGAACCAUCCACCUUAUUCCAGCCAGGAAACUGCUCCACCAGCACAUGGAGCUGUACUUGUGUCCUGUAGACCAAAGCCAUUCCCCCCCUGCAGAUGAAGAAGUCUCCAGGUCCUUUCAGACCAGAUGAAUUCCAAAUAGGAUCACACACAUCAGAAAGGAGGUGCAGAGGCACCCUCUGGGACAGCUGCAGCAGGGGUGAUGUCAGAGGGCCUGGCUUUCCCUGGUUAAAUUUAACGGGCAGAUCAAAUUUGCAUCUAAUUUAGAUGAGUCAUGUUAACUGUUGGCCGAAGAGCCCAACCUGAGAUUCCCCACUGGUGUCUAAAAACUGACUGUAUUUUGCUACUCGAGAAAAAUAAAUUAUAA